GGAACGCGGCAACACACACACUGUGAGUGAAAGCUUGAGCUAGGAAGCCUGGAAUGGGGCUGCUCCAGGUCCUCCUUGCCGCGGCGGCCGCGGCGGCGAGGGCUCCGGUGGCGCGGGCGUGGGUCGUGGAGGGCCACUACAUGACCUGCAAGAUCUCCGAGGGUUUGCUGACAAGCGAGGCGACGGCGGCGGUGAAGGGCCUCCUGCCGGGGUGGGCCAACGGCGAGCUCGCGGAGGCGUGCUCUUGGCCGGACAUCGAGCGGCGCAGGAUGCCGUGGUCGGGGUCCCUGCACUUCGCCGACACCCCCGGCGACUGCAAGUUCAGCUACGCAAGGGACUGCCACGGACCGAAAGGGAAGAAGGACAUGUGCGUGGUGGGAGGCAUCAACAACUACAACGCCGCGCUCCAAGACUCCUCAAGCCCGUGUAAGAGCAUAUGUACUUACUGAAACCUACUGACAGAGCACAUGACAACUUUGGCUCAUUGCGCAUGGUAUAUGUUGGGAUAUCCUCCUCAUGUGGGCUGUGAGGAGAUGACCAUUUGAGGCCUUUUAGGCAGCCCAAAGAGGUGCAUAAGCCCACUACCCAUUAGGGUUAUGACCUAGGGUCAUUUUGGACUUUGCACAUGAGUGGAUGGGGAUGCUUUUACCCUCCAUCCAGCAGCCACCACCAAGAGUGACGAAAAUCAGUUCAUCCUCCAAAAGAGAAGAAGAGAGAAAACCAAGAGAGCAAGGGAAGAAGAGGAAGAUUGAAGGAAGAAGCAAGAGAUCUCCUCCCCAAGGUUGUGAUGGUCCAGAUCCACUACUUUGUCUCCUUCAAGCUUCGGUUCCACCAUUUUUGGUGAGAUUGUUCCAAUCCCUAGUUCUUGAGCCCUAAAUCUUGUUGUGUUCAUCCAAGAUUCAGAACUCUUGAUGUAUGAGAUCCUCUAGUGUUGUCUAGAGAAGAACUUGUUGUAUCCCACAUUUGAUAAUAGUGGAAGAGGAUUUGGGUGGCUUCGGCCCGUGGUUUUUCCCCUCAAGUUGAGGGGUUUUCCACGUAAAAAUCUGGUGUCUCUUUGUUGAUGCUUGGUGCUGUCCAGAAACUUACUCCUACCACAAGACACUAGGCUGAGGAGUGUCUUGCCUGCUGAGUAACA